GUCACCGCCGAGCCACGCUGCACUGCCAGUCCUAAACAACUCUUUCCAGAGAGGAGCUCCACAUCACAACCAGUCAACCACCGAAGAGCUGAGAUUUAACCAAGUAGACCGAAAACACCAGCCGAAAACCUGACGAGGACUUAGCGAAACGACUUAGUGCUACUUUUGAGUGUGUGUAAGUUAGUUUAAAUCCUCACUUUAUAUAUUUUUCGCUUUCAACGGUCGUCUCUUUUUGUUUGGACGUUAAGAUGAGGAGUCUGCGGUUAUUGCUGCUCGUCGGGCUGACGACUCUGUUUAUCACUGAACAACUCUUUGUCUCCUCCCAGGAAACCUUUAACACGACAGAUGACCUGUACUUAGAGGCUCGAACGUCGGGUGGCAUCCCUAUAGAUGAUGAAGAUGGUGACGAUGGCGGCUCAGGCUCUGGAUCCGGAGACUACUCUUUCAGCAACUUCACAGUUUCAGAGGAGAUACCUGAGAGGUUCCCCAACGUCUCUCAAACCACAGUCUCCACAGUAACCGUUCCAGCUCAACCAGAGCCAACAUCAGUCUCUCCUCAGGACACGUCAGCCACAGCAACAGACAGCAAGGAUCCAUCAACCAGAGUGAUGGACACCGAGACCACGCCGUUCAUACCACCUAAUGGGAACAACGGUGACGAGGAGGUGGCGAGCCCAACAACUGAUUGGUUCACACAGAGCACCAGUCCCAACGCCCCCAGCAUGCCUCCCAGUGAAACUAAUGCUACCAAAUUCAGCAUAGACAUCACUGUAAUCAAAGAUGCCGACGAGGACAACAGUCUUCAAACGUUGGAUGUCUCGACACCCAAAAACCCUGGAAAUAAGAUCAUGUACGAAGAGGUCGACAAUGAACUUGGGACAGGCAAUGAGCGAAACAGCAGAAUGUAUGAUCAGGACACUCCUGAAGAGGUGACCUCUGAGAACAUGUGGGAGAGGACGGAAGUGCUGGCAGCGGUGAUAGCAUGCGGAGUGGUUGGAUUUCUCUUUGCUGUUUUCCUCCUCAUCCUCCUCACCUACCGUAUGAAGAAGAAGGACGAAGGUAGCUACGAACUGGCAGACACCAAAGCUUCCACGACAGCCUAUCAAAAAGCACCCACCAAGGAGUUCUACGCCUGAACUGACCAACAGGGACUUUAAAUGGAGUCUGUCUGUCUCCCAAUCAGGACUAAAAAUGGAUCUACAAACAACUGAAGAUGAUUCCUCGAUGAAGUUUGAAGUUAUUCAACCUCUGUUCUUCUUCAGUGCUACCACCAUUUUUUUUUUUUUUUUUAUCUUUCCUACCUUCCUCCUCUGCUACCAUUUUACAUCUUGCUAUAUGGUGUUCAGUGUUUGUGAAGAAGGCAACAAAUAAGACUAUUAAAAUACAUUCCUAUCAUUCCUUCAAAACUGGGGAAGGAGUUAGAUAUUAAAUACACAUCCUAAAUUUCAAGAAAGGAAUCUUUUCUAGAGUAUCGCGAUGGAUCCCAACAGUUAUAGUCUUGGAAAGUCCACUUCAAAGUACUGAAAACACUGUACCUUUAGACCCGCUGAACCACACUGGGCUGGACUUGGUUCUGCAUUACAUACAGAUCGAUUGUCCCAUUUAGCAGAGCUACAGCCUGAACUUGCCCCAGCUCGGCUGAACAAUAUUGAGGAAGUUCACAGAAACAUAUGAAUAGCCUUAAGGCAUUUUGAAUACUGUUAAUUGAAACGGUACCACACAUGGGAUUAAUAUUACAAAAGGGCCUCCAAAAAAUGUAAACCCUUUUCCCUUUUAUUUGAGGUUAAAUUUUCUCAGUUUGUUAACAUUUUUCAUUGUUACAUUUCAUUUUCUGUACGCUUUCUUUGCUGAAUUGAAUAUUUUUGUGUUGUUAUGAGGAAUGAAUAUGUUUUUUUUUCUUUCAUAUGCUGUCCAGUAUUGGUAUGAGAGAUUUUGUUACUCUGCAGGUACAUAUUUGUGUUGUUUUCUCACAGAUAUUUGACAUUUAUAGAACUGACCAAAUAUAAAUGUGCUUUAUUUGUCUUUUGGAAAAUUAUUUUUAGUAGCUUUUUCAAUGUGUUUUGAUGUUUAGAGAUUUAUAUUUCCAUAAUAAGCCAUUUUUAAAAAGAGAUUACCAUCUUUUCAUUGCAUUCAUACAUUAAUGUAGACCUUGCAUCCAACAUUAGUAAUAUAUUCAAAACUAUUUAAUUUGGUGACUGAGUGCAGCGAGCACGUGGACCAGAAUUGCUAAGGGAGAGCCAAGGCUAAUGACUAUAAUUCAGAAACCGUAGAAGUGACCAACGUUUUCUGAAACGGCCAAAGCACAUUCCUCUCUGACUGUCAACUGUAUACAGCUGCAAUAGCCAGUUUCAACUUAGGGACAGGGACAAUGUAACUGACAGGACGGUAAUUUAUUCACUACUUACUAAUUACUUUUAAUUAGCUUUAAUAUAAGAUAGCUUAAGCAGCAUGUCAGGUUUUAAAUGCGUGUUUCCUAAUUAUCAGUUUACCUCAACCAGCAGACCAAAGAAGCUUCAGUGGGAUCUUCUGUAGACUUUUAGAGCUUCAGUGAGGAUACAGGAGGCUGUUAACAGCAACGACAACAGGGGGGGUUUCCCUUUUGAUAGCACAUACUUGUAUACAGCCUGUUAACUAUUUUAGUGAAAUAUUGCCCUAUGUAUAGUCUGUGAUGAAUUUUAUCACCAGCUACCUACUGCUUAUUAUAUGUCAAAGAACAAUACUUUUCACAUCAGCUUCUUAUUGGAAGUGGGGGACACGUUGUCUUGAAGCAGCUCUAUCUGUGGCCUUACAAGCUCUGUGAAAAGGUCAAAUAAAAGAUUUUUUAAACCAACUUUGCUAAUCCAAAUGGCUGGGAUCAGAGGUCGACACAUACAGAGAAACGGGGCUAAGUGGUUUUUAAACUAUGAGUAGACCUGCCCCCUAUCCAUACAUUCUCAUUGACAUGACAUUUGUUUUUAUUUCUUUUGCUCUGACUUUUUUGACUUGGAGUUUAAUGUCGCAUAACUAAUGUUAAAUUGGUAAAGGGCAUUUCCUUAUAGGAUUGUAAUGGCUGUUUUUGUUUGUUGCCCUUAUCUGUUGCGGAAGUUUUUGUGUCUCUUAACAGUUUGAUUCCCUUCAUGAGGCAAUGCAACGUCAGGGAAAGUUAGUCAGUGAGGCUAUGUUUAUUUGUUAUCCUAUAGUCAAUGCUACUUAAUGAUAUAAUUACUUUUGCCAUAAUAGAAAAUACUAUUUUAAAGCAAUUCUAGAUUAUCUGAAUGCAAACUACCUAUUCGCCAUAGCUGGAAUAAACAUGACAAUCUUAUUACUAACCAACUGUGACUUACUGAUGUCAAAUGUCAGAGAAAUGUUUCACAUGAACCCCACUCAUAGAGGGUCGGGACAACGGGUUAGCACUCGCUAGCAAUCCACCGGAUGAUGACACACAAUAACCUUUCUCUUCUAGGAUCUCUGUAAAUGUAUACAGUAUGUUGAUGAUACUAAUGUAUUAAUUUAUACUUGCUUAGACUAUAAUCCAGGUUAAUAUGUCAAUGAUAAAUUAAUCGAAGCCUCUUUGUGCCUAUACUGCUCUGUUUUGUUUUUAAAUAUUUAUGGUUUUAGUGUAUUUGACGAGUCUUGGUUCAAUUCAUUUUCAAUGUAUCAGUUUUCUAGCUUUUUUAGAAUACUUUUUUUUCAUAUGAAUGCAUUUAAUAAUAAGUUCUUUGUAAAUAUAUUGAAGCUUUAAUUUUUAUCAAAGUUGAAUAUGAAUUGACUGAAGCCUUGAUUUUAACAAAUAAACACCUACUCAAUGGUGGGGACCAACCAAAAAUCAGUUCGCAGAUAAAAUUGUGACAUAAGCACAUGAGGUGGCCAAUAGAGAAUUGUGUUGCUGAAAUGGUGUAUCUGAUAAGGUUCACUACUACAUAAAAGAUGUGGCUUUAAUGCAAUUCUAAAA